AUGAUCAGCCCCGACGCUGCAAGGGCCGAAUGCUACGAGGAGCUGCUUGCCCUACUAGCAUCUGUGCCCAAGGUGGAUAAGUCGAGUGUCCUUGGUGACUUCAACAACAGCGUCGGUACAAACCAUGCUGCCUGGAGACGAGUUCUGGGUCCCCAUGGUUUCGACGGUUCCAAUGACAAUAGCCUACUCAUCAUACGAACCCGUUCAGAACGCCGCCUCAUUGUGACCAACCCCUUCUUCCGCCUUUAAACGCGAGGGAAUGCAACCUGGAUGCACUUUCGGUGGCGAAACUGGCAACUGCCGGGCUACGCCGUCGUUCAAGGCGAGAGAAGCGGGACGCGCUGGUAACAAAGGCGAUCCUCGAUGCCCAUAUGUAGACCGACCACCGCAUUGUCAUAUUCGAGAUGCGGUUUCGUCUGCAACCCCGCUAGAGGCCAUAAGGCAAGCAAGAUCCGGGUAAGUUGAAUAUUGCCUUACUGUCUUUGCCUGCUUACCAUCUACAUUUCAACAAUGAACUAUUUUAUAGGCUAGUCAACCUUUUAGUCGUGGCCGCCACCACCGACAAGAACGACUUCGUACAGAACCAAUGGUGUCAACUGAGGGACAUUGUCCAGCCAACCGCCCUGGCAGUCCUCAGGCGCACAGGUCGCCAAAAUCAGGACCGCUUCGACGACAACGACGCCGCUAUCAGCAACAUACUUGUCGAGGAGAACCGUCUGCUAAAUGUCCACGUCUACCAUCCCACCGGCGACAACGAAGCAGCCUUCUACCGAAGUCGCCGCCUUGUGCAACAGCGGCUGCAGGAGAUUCUAGAUGCCUGGACAGCUCGCAAGGCCGAGGAGAUCCAAGGGUACGUGGACCGCAACGAAUGGAGUAACCUUAUCUUCGCGAUCAAGGAUGUGAACGGUCAAACAGCCAAAGGCACCUCUCCUCUACUCAACGCCGACCAAAGUAUGCUACUUACUGAGAAUGGAAAUCUGUUGAAACGGUUAGCCGAUUUUCUUACGGGCAGAUCUCAGCGUGUGUGUAUCGGAAACACCAAAUCGGAAUGGGCAGCCGUCCCCAAUGACGUUCCGCAGGUGAGCGUUCUGGAUCCCGUCCUGUGCUCAAUAUAUGUGAACGACUGCCUGGGCUGUCUGAACUGCGAGCACGUAAUGUUUGCCGAUGACCUCAUAAUGUGA